UACAGGUACACACUCUCUUCUCCUUAAAAACACACCCAAAUGUUAUCAAAAAAAAAAAAAAAAAACACACCCAAAAAUACAAUGGCGGUUUUGUCCUAGUCCCUGAAUAGAAAGAGAGAGGUAAAAGAGAAAGAAACUGGUAAAGCAAUAGUCACAGCACGGCCACAGUCGCUGCCGCUACACCGGAACUGUUACCCAUUUUUCCAUUCCUGGUUAAAGACCGAGCCCGACCCGGCCCGGGCUUUUUCACCUUAUAAGGAAGCGUGAACACACUGUUUUCUUGUCCCCUCCAUGAAAAAGAACAAGUAGCUACGUUUGUAACUGGCCGUUUUCUGUUACAACUUUUUCUUCAGGUUCUGGCUCUGGAGUGAGUUAUUGUGCUGAUUCCCUAGUCCAUUUUGCUUUCUUUUUCUGGGGUUGGUUUGGUUCUCUUUGUUGAGAUCCGGUGUCUUCCGCGAUUCGCUGCUCCUUUGGCUGAGAUCUAUUUGGUUUUGGAUUUUCCUUGGUUGUCUGGUUUCUGGGUCGUGUUUGGUUUUUGAGGUUGUUGCCAAAUUUGGCAGUGAAAAAAAAAAGAGAGGAAAAAAAAAAAACAGAUACUGGAGCGGGUUAAUUGCUCUUGGUGCUAAAAAAGUUGUAUCAUGAAGUGUUGUGUUGAAGAUUGGAACUUUGGGGGGUGGGGAUUGAGGAGGAUCGGAACGAAUGAAGGGGGGAAGUAAAGCAAUUGUCUUUUGUUGUGAAACAGGUUUUGGUUGAGGGUUUAAAGGGUGGGAAUCUCUUUGAGUCUCUUGGCAUUUCUAGUUGAUGGUUGAGAAAAUUCAGUAUCUGGGUGUUUGAGUUUUGUUUAGAUUUAAAUGGGUUUUGGUUGGUGAAGGGGGGAUAAAAUUAAGAAGAAUGAUAUUCUGGAGUAGGAAGGAAGAGACGAAAGGGAUUGUUUUUGGGUCUGGGGUUCACCUUGUGGGAACUUUGUUGCUGCUCGAUUGGUCUACUUAAGUGUGUGCUUGAAUCAUUGAUAUUGUGCUCGGUGUUUCACGGUUUGAAAUUGCUGAAACUUAGCUGAAAUGAAACUCUCUUCAGCUGGUGCUGGUUUUUGCCCUCCACCCCAGGAAGGAGAAAAGCGAGUUCUAGAUUCAGAACUUUGGCAUGCAUGUGCUGGUCCUCUUGUUUCUUUACCAGCUGUUGGAAGCCGAGUGGUCUACUUUCCCCAAGGUCACAGUGAACAGGUUGCUGUGUCUACAAACAGGGAAGUGGAUGCCCAUAUCCCCAACUAUCCAAGCUUACCUCCCCAACUUAUUUGUCAACUUCAUAACAUGACGAUGCAUGCUGAUACUGAGACAGAUGAAGUAUACGCACAGAUGACCUUGCAACCUCUGAAUCCUGAAGAGCAAAAGGAGGCGUACCUUCCAUCAGAGUUGGGCACUCCGAGUAAACAGCCAACAAACUACUUUUGCAAAAUUUUGACAGCCAGUGACACAAGCACUCAUGGAGGGUUCUCUGUUCCUCGCCGGGCAGCUGAAAAAGUUUUUCCUCCAUUGGACUUCUCACAACAUCCUCCUGCUCAGGAGUUAAUUGCAAGGGAUUUGCAUGGCAAUGAAUGGAAAUUCAGACAUAUCUUUCGCGGCCAGCCCAAAAGGCAUCUGCUUACAACAGGAUGGAGUGUCUUUGUUAGUGCUAAAAGACUUGUUGCUGGUGAUUCGGUGCUGUUUAUCUGGAAUGAAAAAAAUCAAUUGCUUCUUGGCAUUCGGCGUGCUAAUCGACCACAACCUGUGAUGCCUUCUUCAGUGUUGUCAAGUGAUAGCAUGCACUUGGGGCUUCUUGCUGCUGCAGCUCAUGCAGCUGCAACAAACAGUCGUUUCACCAUUUUCUAUAACCCCCGUGCUAGCCCGUCAGAAUUUGUCAUACCCUUAGCGAAGUAUGUUAAAGCUGUGUAUCAUACUCGAGUUUCAGUUGGUAUGCGCUUCAGGAUGUUGUUUGAAACUGAGGAGUCUAGUGUGAGGCGAUACAUGGGCACAAUAACUGGCAUUAGCGACUUGGAUCCUAUCAAGUGGCCAAAUUCACAUUGGCGCUCAGUCAAGGUUGGCUGGGAUGAAUCCACAGCAGGAGAGAGGCAACCUCGAGUGUCUCUAUGGGAAAUUGAGCCAUUAACAACAUUUCCGAUGUAUCCAUCUCCAUUCCCCCUUAGGCUUAAAAGACCAUGGCCUACAGGACUUCCUCCGUUCCAUGCAGGUUUGAAGGAUGAUGAUUUUGGCAUAAAUUCUUCACUAUUGUGGCUUCGGGACACAGAUAGAGGUCUUCAGUCUCUUAAUCCUCAGGGGAUUGGCGUUAGUCCUUGGAUGCAACAAAGACUUGAUCCCUCCAUGGUGAAUUUGCAAACAGAUAUGUACCAGGCUAUGGCUGCUGCUGCACUUCAGGAUAUGAGGCCUUUGGAUCCUUCCAAACAGCAUCAUGCAUCUUUACUUCAAUUUCAGCAACCACACAACUUCCCCAACAGGACUGCUGCUUUAAUGCAGACACAGAUGUUGCAGCAGUCUCAACCUCAGCAGGCUUUUCCAAAUAAUCAAGAAAAUCAUCAUCCAUCUCAAUCUCAAUCUCAAGCUCAAAUGCAUCUUCAACAGCAUCUACAGCAUCAGCACUCGUUCAGUAAUAAUAGUAAUCAUCUUCAUCUGCAGCAGCAACAACCACAACACCAACAGCAAGUGGUAGAUCAUCAGCAAAUUUCAGGUGCUGUGUCUACAAUGUCUCAGUUUGUUUCGGCACCUCAACCUCAAUCACCACCUAUGCAAGCUAUAUCUUCACUCAGCCAUCAACAAAGUUUCUCUGAUUCAACUGGGAACCCUGUGACUACUACUAUUGUUUCUCCCCUGCAUAGUAUAUUGGGUUCAUUUCCCCAGGAUGAAACAUCUAACCUUCUCAACAUUCCGAGAACAAGCUCUUGGGUUCCUGUUCAACCUUCAACUGCAUGGCCCUCCAAGCGUGUUGCAUUGGAUCCUCUCCUUUCUUCUGGAGCAUCUCAAUGUGUUCUGCCUCAGGUGGACCAGUUGGGGCAGCCACAGAGUACCAUGUCUCAAAAUGCUAUUACAUUGCCACCCUUUCCUGGUAGGGAGUGCACUAUAGAAGGCAGCACUGAUCCACAAAACCAUCUUUUGUUUGGUGUUAAUAUAGAGCCCUCGUCGCUUCUAGUGCAUAAUGGGAUGUCAAGCCUUAAGGGGAUCAACAGCAACAGUGACUCAUCAACAAUACAUUUUCAAUCUUCUAAUUACCUGAAUACCACAGGCACUGAUUCUUCAUUGAAUCUUGGAAUGACACACGACAUUGGUGAGUCGGGCUUCCUGCAAACUUCAGAAAAUGGGGGCCAAGGAAACUCACCAACUAAAACCUUUGUGAAGGUUCACAAGUCAGGGUCCUUCGGAAGAUCAUUGGAUAUCACUAAAUUCACCAGCUACCCUGAGCUGCGCAGUGCGCUUGCUCAUAUGUUUGGCCUUGAAGGUGAGCUGGAGGACCCAAGAUCAGGCUGGCAGCUUGUAUUCGUUGACCAAGAGAAUGAUGUUCUUCUCCUUGGUGAUGGCCCUUGGCCGGAAUUUGUAAAUAGUGUAUGGUGCAUCAAGAUACUUUCCCCUCAGGAAGUGCAGCAAAUGGGCAAUGGCCUAGAGCUUCUGAACUCCGUUCCAAUUCAGAGGCUCUCUAAUGGCAUUGGUGAUGACUACGCUGGCCGUGAGGACCCAAGAAAUUUAAGCACCGGGAUAACAACUGUGGUAUCUUUAGACUACUGAAUGAUGUGACAAUCAAUUAAUACUAAGAAUUUCUUCACUCUCUCUCUCUCUCUCUCUCUCUCUCUUGUAUUAUUACCCUUAUCAACCCUUUUGACAAUGAUGGGAAGUGCCGCCUAGUUGUAGUUUGUAGUCUACUUAUAAGCCUUUUUUUUUUUUGUCUUUGUUUUCCUGUUUUUUGCUGCUUAGGACCAUUCAUAAGCUAAACGCUGUAACUAUAUGGCAUCUUGUCAUUGUGCUAUCUACAAUAUAU